AACCUGGAGAUUUAAAAGCCGCCGCUGGCGCGCGUGGGGGAAGGAGGCGGGGGGUAGAGCUUGCGCGCGCUGGCCCCGGGUGACAGCCGCACGCCUCGGCCAGGAUCUGAGCAGUGAGAUGUGUCUCCGCUGAGGUGCCCCACGGCAACAGGUGUUUAGCAUGGGCUCAUUGAGAAGCUGGACCUGUACCAUGGAGCUGGCCAAAAUGGGUGCCUGGCUGAAUCCUAGGCAGUCAAUGGCAGAAAGGAGGAGAGCCCUCAGCUUCUGGAAUAGAGCUGAGAUGAAGCAGUUCUGGAGUGCUUAAACGGCCCCGAGCCCUUCCUGCCAGGCUCGUGAUGAUCCAGAGGCUGUGGGCAAGCCGCCUGCUGCGGCAUCGGAAAGCCCAGCUCCUCCUGGUCAACCUGCUGACCUUUGGACUGGAGGUGUGCCUGGCUGCAGGCAUCACCUACGUGCCACCCCUGCUGCUAGAAGUGGGGGUAGAGGAGAAGUUCAUGACCAUGGUGCUGGGUAUUGGUCCAGUGCUGGGCCUGGUCUCCGUCCCACUCUUAGGCUCAGCCAGUGACCACUGGCAUGGGCGCUAUGGCCGCCGGAGGCCCUUCAUCUGGGCCCUGUCCCUGGGCAUCCUCCUCAGCCUCUUUCUCAUCCCGAGGGCCGGCUGGCUGGCAGGGCUGCUGUGCCCGGAUCCCAGGCCCCUGGAGUUGGCACUGCUAAUCCUGGGUGUGGGGCUUCUGGACUUCUGUGGCCAGGUGUGCUUCACUCCACUGGAGGCCCUGCUCUCUGACCUCUUCCGAGACCCGGACCACUGUCGCCAAGCCUACUCCGUCUAUGCCUUCAUGAUCAGCCUUGGGGGCUGCCUAGGUUACCUCCUGCCUGCCAUUGACUGGGACACCAGUGCCCUGGCCCCCUACCUGGGCACCCAGGAGGAGUGCCUCUUUGGCCUGCUCACUCUCAUCUUCCUCACCUGUGUGGCAGCCACACUGUUAGUGGCUGAGGAGGCAGCACUGGGCCCCGCUGAGCCAGCAGAAGGGUUGUCGGUCCCCUCUGUGCAGCCCCACUGCUGCCCAUGCCAGGCCCGUCUAGCUUUCCGGAACCUGGGCACCCUGCUUCCCCGGCUUCACCAGCUCUGCUGCCACAUGCCUCGAACCCUACGCCGGCUCUUUGUGGCUGAGCUAUGCAGCUGGAUGGCACUCAUGACCUUCACACUGUUUUAUACAGAUUUUGUGGGUGAGGGACUAUACAGGGGUGUGCCCAGGGCUAAGCCAGGCACCGAGGCACGGAGACACUAUGAUGAAGGCAUCCGGAUGGGCAGCCUGGGGCUGUUCCUGCAGUGCACCAUCUCUCUGGUCUUCUCUCUGGUCAUGGACCGGCUGGUGCAGCGAUUCGGCACCCGGGCAGUCUAUCUGGCUAGUGUGGUGGCUUUUCCUGUGGCUGCUGGUGCCACGUGCCUGUCUCAUAAUGUGGCUGUAGUGACAGCCUCCGCCGCCCUCACUGGGUUCACCUUCUCGGCCCUGCAGAUCCUGCCCUACACGCUGGCUUCCCUCUACCACCGGGAGAAGCAGGUGUUCCUGCCUAAAUACCGAGGGGACUCUGGAGGUGGCAACAGUGAGGACAGCCUGACGACCAGCUUCCUGCCAGGCCCUAAGACUGGAGCUCCCUUCCCCAAUGGACACAUGGGCGGGGGAGGCAGCGGCCUGCUCCCAUCUCCGCCUGCGCUCUGUGGGGCCUCUGCCUGUGAUGUCUCCAUGCGUGUGGUGGUGGGCGAACCGACUGAGGCCAGGGUUGUUCCAGGCCGGGGCAUCUGCCUAGACCUCGCCAUCCUGGACAGUGCUUUCCUGCUGUCCCAGGUGGCUCCAUCCCUGUUUAUGGGCUCUAUUGUCCAGCUUAGCCAGUCUGUCACUGCCUAUAUGGUUUCUGCCGCAGGCCUGGGUCUUGUUGCCAUUUACUUUGCUACACAGGUGGUAUUUGACAAAAGUGACUUGGCCAAAUACUCCGUGUAGAAUACAGGCUGAGAGGAGGUCUGCUUCUUGGGUCCCACCCAGCUCCUGAUCAGGCUGCAGGGAUGUUCUUGUUUCUGCUGCUGCCAGUGGUGUGGCUCUCUGUUGCCACCAAGUGGCGACAAGGUGCAUAGCAUGACAGCUGGGGGACUGGGGUUUCCCUCUCACCAGUCUCUGGGGCAGGUGGACUGGCAACUUUCUAAAUGAGUUUCACAGGGAGGCCAGAAGGGCAGGGCCUUUGAUUAGCUCCAUGCACUGGAAUGUGUGGCCCUGAGGGUGGAUUGCUUAGUUUCAGGGUCGACAGCUAGUAUCCUGCUUGAGAUAUCUAGAGAAGGGAUUUGGGGAGCU